CGAGCAUUGAUAUGCUCGGGUCCGGGAGCCCUCGUGACAAUUAAGACGGAUAGAUAGACUGCUAGGGCGCUGGCUAGAAGGAUGUUUUCAGAAGAACACGGCACUUCGGCGACUGCCAACAGCUCCCAAGAGCAGCAGAUUACACAUUCAGACGGCCCUACCACCCCCAGCUUCGAUGCGCCUUCCGCUACAAGCACGCCGAGUUCCGGGUUAAUAACUCGCCUCGAACUACUCUCUACCCGCGUUCCAGAUUUUUAUAUUGCCCCGUUUUGCGGUGCCAGUGCGGGUGUAGCGUCCGGUAUCGUGACAUGCCCUCUCGAUGUGAUCAAGACCAAGUUACAAGCCCAAGGCGGGUUUGUGCGGAGAGGCGGGCAGGUAGUUGAAGCGAAAGCGUUAUACCGAGGUAUGCUAGGUACUGGAAGGAUGAUAUGGCGUGAAGAUGGUAUUCGAGGACUAUACCAAGGUUUAGGCCCCAUGAUUUUGGGAUAUUUGCCUACAUGGGCUGUUUACUUGGCGGUUUAUGAUAGAUCUCGGGAGUAUUAUCAUGGAGUCACCGAUAGCUGGUGGCUUGCAAGAGGUUAUGCUUCUAUAACGGCUGGCGCUUGCUCUACAAUCGUGACUAAUCCGAUUUGGGUCAUCAAAACGCGACUCAUGUCACAGAGCCUUAGAUCAGAUAGCGAGGGCUUCCGUGCUCCAUGGCGGUAUUCGGGCACAUGGGAUGCGGCUCGCAAGAUGUACAAGACCGAAGGGAUUCGGUCAUUUUACGCGGGGCUCACACCGGCAUUGUUGGGGUUGACACACGUUGCCAUACAAUUUCCGCUUUAUGAAUAUUUGAAAAUGGCAUUUACUGGGUACGGAAUCGGGGAACAUCCUGACAACGGUACCUCUCACUGGAUUGGGAUAUCGUUGGCAACAUUCCUUAGUAAGAUCUGUGCGAGCACGGUGACCUAUCCGCAUGAGGUACUGCGAACGAGACUUCAAACCCAACAGAGAACGUCUCCUGUGUCUUCUCCGGAAGAGAUAGCCUUCCGCGGGGGAGUAGACCACCCAGAGUGCCGUGGUAGGCCUCCAACAGCGGCCUCAUCGGAUGGCAUGCCUAAUCGGCCCCGGUAUACAGGGGUUGUUCGUACGUGUCAGACUAUCUUGAAAGAAGAGGGUUGGCGAGCAUUUUACUCAGGAAUAGGCACGAACCUAUUCCGUGCUGUUCCGGCCGCCAUGACCACCAUGCUUACAUACGAAUAUCUACGGAAAACGAUUAGCCACCUUCAACACGAAGGGGCAUUGAAGCAGCAGAUGGCAGAAGCAGCUAAAGACUCUUCUGGUAUAUGAUGAUGACUGAACAUCCAAUCACUAGUUGUUCUGAGGCAUUGCAGGCUAUUGUAAACCUCAAUGCUACCAUUACCAAGGGAGCUAAUUGUAUGCGCCCUGGCGUUUUGGCUUUGCGCUCUUAGUAAUGGAUACAUCAAGGAACUGUCUUGUGCUUGUUCCUUUUCUUACAAGCUUUACCCUCAUACAUCAAAAUAAAGGGUCUUACCUUCGAAUAUGUUCCUCGGCAUCGGGGGUAGUCGGUUUCAAGGGUGUUAAGGUAGAUCGAGGUUUUGGCAUGUGAAGAAUCGGUUUCCCUGAUCUCUACAGUCUUAUGACCGGUUUGUGUUUGGUAGAAGACCUCGUUUUUUGUCUUUUUCGUUA